GAUUCAACGCAUAAGUACUGAAGGAAUUCUUGCAAGCAGUGAAGAGAAAAGGAAUUGCACUGGCUUGUCGCGUUGCGCCGAAAUGUUUUCAGUAGUUAAAAGUCACGGAAUAAGUUGGGAAAAUAGAUUAGAUAGGGUCAAAUGAAGGCCUUCUUCCGUUGUUUGCGUCCUGGGGAGCCCAAGCCUGCUACCCGCAGCGGGCCACGCGAGGUUUACCAGGAGAAUACAGUCAAUGUAGACUUCUCGCAGCAGGUGCAAUGCGCGGCCUUGGCGGAGCCCGCUGCGCAUGCGCUUUCAGCAAGCUCUUUUGCGGAUGUCGCAAGGCCUCCCGCGAAGCUUUCAGAGUCUCAACUGGUUCAGGUGGUUGCCGAAGAUGGGGAGCUCAGCGAGCCCGACCGGUUGAGCGGCCCUGUCCCUCCCACGGCGCACAAUACAACCGCAGCGUAUUUGAGCGAAGGGGGAAAGCAUAGUAGCAUUACACUUGCGCUUCAUCGUCCAGCGCGUCCAGCGUCACCCAGCCAGAGGGGCCACGUCGAGUGGACAAUCGCAAACGCGAGCGUCGCAGAGUCGCAGUCACACGACCGGCCCACAAAUGGCAGCACACCUGGGCUACUGCCGCUGGUUCCGUCGCUGGGCACAAGUGCCAACCGGCCGCCCGCGGUGCCGGGAGGCCCCGGCUCCGCCUUAGGCUCUGGCUCCAGCCCAACCCUCACGGAGCUGGGUACGCAGCCGCACCCAGCCUCAACACAGAAGCAGCAGUCGCAGGCGCCCAUGCCGCAUCCCGCAUUCACGGCCCAGUCGGCGCCCUUUCCCGCCGCCCACCUCCGCUCCACCACCCCCAACCUGCCAGCGCUCUUCGGCGCCGGCGCUGCGCCGCGGCCACCAGCCCCCGGAAGCGCGGGCGCCAGGGCCGGCGGAGGUGGGGGCGGGAGCGGCACCAGCACCAGUGGAGCCAGCGGCGCGCCUGCGCAGUCCCGCGGUGCCCGCGACUUUCCGGUUGUGUCUGGGCCAUCUGGGUCGGCCGCCACAUCGCCCGCCACUCAGCCGCUGGUGGGGAGCACGACCGCCGUCGCGGGGCUGGUGGAUUCACGCAGCAGCCCCUCAGCCUGGGCUGUGGGCGGCAGCAGGGCCCCAGGGACAGCCGGCGCGGGCGCGGGGCCUGCAGCAGGUGCGGGAGCCGGCCGAGGGGACACCGCAUUGCUUGCCAAUGGCAGCACCAUCUCUUGGCAGCUGGCAGGCACGGGCAGCGGCCGGCGGCAUGGAUGGGCGGCGGGUGCCAGCGCGGGGCCGGCGGCGCUGGCCGGCACUGCGACUGCGGCUACGGCCGCAGGGGGAGUGGGGCCCAGCGGCGCGGGGUGGUGGUCGCCGCUCGCUGGCACGAGGCCGCAGACGGCGGAGGAGGUGGCAGCGCUGGUGACGACGCUGGCGGCGGUCCGGGGCCACUGGCUGGAGACGCUGCAGGUGGUGGUGUCCGCAGCGGCGGAGCUGCUGGGGGCAGACAGCCUCAGCGUCUACCUGCUGUCCCACUCCGGCUCAACCCACGCGGCGCUGGCCUGCCACGGCGAUGCGGGCGGCACAGUGCGGCUGGGCCUGCCGCAGCCCACCAGCCCGCCGCCGGGGCAGCCGCACGUGGCGCCCACCGCGCUGCAGCGCCUGUACCUCACAGGGGAAGUCCAGCGUGGCAGCGUGUGGGCGAACGGCAACCACCACCAGCCUGCCCACCAGCACCAGCACCAACACCACUUCCACCACCACAUCUCUACGCCGCUGCCCUCCAUCGGCGCUGGCGUCGGCCCGUCGGCGGUGGCCCCCCUCUACCACCACGUCUCCUCAGACCUCUCGGGGUCUGGGGCUCUGGGGCAAGCAGCUGGACAAGGCAGCGCGGCGGCGCCCGGGAUAACGCCGCACACCGCCGCCGCCGCGCCGGCGGCGGCGCUGCCGUCUGACUGGCAGGCGAUGCGGGCGCUGGGCGGCAUGACUGACUUCGUGGCGGUGCCUCUGCUGCGCGGCGAGACGGUGAUCGGCGCGCUGCAGGUCGCCGACGCCUGCACGCCGCCCGAGGACAACCCCGGCGCCAUGCCGCCGCCGCGCCGCUGCCGCGGCUCGGCGGAGCUGGCCAUCGUGGCGGCGUUCAUUGGCGCGCUGCUUGUGGACCACGAGGUGCUGUGCCUGAUGGGCUGCCUGGAGGCGGUGGCGGAGGCGCGCGACGUGGACGGCCUGGUGCGCGGCCUGGCGCGGCACGUGGGGCUGUUCUGCCGCAUGAGGAAGCACUUCACGCCGGGCGUGCGCGUUGCGCUGAUCCGCGGUGACGCGGCCGCCAUGGCGCUUUUUCUGGAUGAGGGCGCGGCGGCGGCGGCCGCGGCGGCGGCAGCGGCGGGCGGCGGCGGCGGUGGCGUGGCCGGCGGCGGCGGCGCCGGCACCACGACACCCGUGGGCGUGCUGUCCGCCGCCGUGAGCCGCCACUGCACCACCUGCAACCUGAACGGCAUGCUCAACACCUUCGGCGCCGCCGGCGGCCCGCCCAGCGGCAGCCUGUACCAAACCACCAGCGGCAUGCGGGCCGCGCUGGGCGGGCCCGGCAGCAUGACCGCCGCCAGCGCAUCGGCGAUGGCCGCGGCGGCGGCGGCGGCGGCGGCGGCAGCCGCUGCCGGCGCCGCUGCCGGGCGCGGCGCGCCGCCGCGGUCGGUGUCGGGACUGACGACGCUGGACCGCUCGGUAAACGCGGACGCCUCCGCCAGCAGCAUGCGGCUGCCGCGUGGCCUGUUUGACACGGACGCGUCCGGCCAGGGGGCCGUGGCGGCGGCGGCCGCCAUCGCCGACGCUGCCGGCGUGGGUGCCGAGGACGUCGCGGCGCUGGACACCGGCGCCGCCGGCCCUGCGGGGCGGGUGGUGGCGGCGGCGGCGGUGCCCGCGGCGGGCCUCGCCGCGGGCGUGGUUGGGGCGGCGGAUGCGUCCGCGUCGAGGACCAUGACCUCUCUCACGGGUGGCUCCGACCUGUGGCCCUGGUGCACGGGCGCAGCCUCUGCCGGUCCAGGCGCUCCGGCGGCGCACGCUGCUGCGGGCGGCGGCGGCGGCGGCGGCGGCAUCACGUCGGGCCCGGGCGGACGAGCCGGUGGCGCUGGUGGGGCGGCCAGCAACGCAGGCCGUCUGAUCUUCGGCCCUGCCGGCGGCGGCGGCGCGGGGGGCGGCACCGCAGUGGUGAACCUCAUGUCCGCAGUGAGCGAAGAGAGCCUGCUCUCCACGGGUGCGCGUAUGGCGUUUCCCGGCGGCGGCGGUGGCCUGGCAGGAGCAGCAGCCGCGGCUGCCCAUGCAGGCAUUGCGGACGACAGCCUCCUUCUACAUGUGAAAGACGUGGCGUCUCCGGUCGCAGUGUAUGGGCCUGCAGCCGCCGGCGGGGGCAACGCCAUUGGCAUGUCACUCCGCGGGCCAGAGCCCGCGCCGGCGGCAGGGCUGGCGGCGGUGCCCGCUGUCGCCGCUGGCGGCGGCGGCGGCGGCGGCGGUGCCACCAUGCCCGGCGGCACGGGCACCGGCAUGCGGCCCAUCCCGCACGCCCUCGCCGCCGCUAACGGCUCCGUCGGCGCCGCCAGCGCGCUGCUGCUGCCCACACACGCGUCCGGUUAUAACGUGUACGGCGGCAGCACUUGUGGCGUACGGCCGCCAAACAGCUCGGGCCUGUACGGCAAGGCGCUUGCGGCGGUGAUUGGAGAGCCCAGCGGCGCGGGUGGCGCUAGCGGCGGCGCGCACACCAGUCCUGCGGCGGGUGGCGGCUACGGACAGGUGGGCAGCCGUGUGUCGGGCCACGCCAUGCUGACUCGCGGCACGGUGCUGGCGGAGGCGCUGGCGGCGGGCAGCGGCAUGUACGUGGCGGACGUGGCGCUGUACAUGCAGGACGGCCGCAACGUGAGCCGCGACGUGUUCCUGGCGCCCAGCGGCCGCGGCGGCGCCGCCCCCAGCCCCACCAACAGCCUGGCGGUCACGUGCGUGUGCCACGCCGGCGUGCCACUGCUGGGGCUGUACAUCACGUACGGCACGCCGCUGCCCGCCUCGCUGCUCAACGCGCUCAUCAGCAAGGUGCACCUGUUCGGCGCCAUGCUGGGCCCGCUGCUGUACGAGCGCCUGGUGUGCGGCUGGACGCCGCCCUGGACACAGCACGCACAGCAGCAGCACCAGCAGCAGGCGCAGCAGGCGCAGCACCAUCACCAGCACGGCCAGAACCAGCAGCAGCACCUGGCGGCGCAGCACGCAGGCGCCGGCAACAUGCGCAGCAGUGGCGCUGGCGACGGCGCGAGCGGGGGUGGCGGCGGCGGCGGCGGCGGCGGCGGCGGCGGCGAGUGUGAGCUGGCGGAGGAGUGGCGCUACCUGCUGGGCGAGGUGCUGGACCCCAAGGCCAUCCAGUCUGUGGCGGACGAGCAGCGCAGCCGCCGCUCCUCCGCCGCGGCGUACGGCCAGCAGCCGCCGCAGCCUCAACCGCCGCAACCGCCGCAACCGCCAGUACGGGAGUACGGCGGCGGCGCUGGCGGCGGUGGGGGCGGCGGCGGGCUGCUGUCGCCCCAGCCGUCCUUCGUAGGCGGGGGCGGAGGUGCGGGCGCGCCGCAUGGCGGCCCGCGCCUCAUGCGCACCCGGAGUGGGGCGCCGGGCACCGCCACGGCCUCCGCUGGCGCCGUCGCACUGGCAGGCGCCGCGCUUGCCGCCGCCGCAAGGGCUGGCGCCGUGCCGCCAGGGGCCGCGGGCGGCGGCGCCGCGGUCGGGUGCACACCCCAGCGCAGCAUGCGCCGCUCUCAGACGGAGGACGGGCAGGCUGCGGCGGCGCGGGCGGCUGCCUCUGCGGCCGCCGUCGCGGCGCCGGCCACUUGCGCGGCCCCUCCCGCCACGUCCCCGCUGCUGGGGCCGGCGGCGGGGGCCGUCGGCAGGUCGUUGGGGCGCGCAGCGCUCAGCCCUGGCAGCUCACGGCGCGCAGCCGUCACCACCGCCGCUGCUGGCGCCGCAGGCGUGUGCGCACCAGACCGCAUCAGUAGCAGCGGCCUGCUGCCGCUGCCGCUCACAGGCACCGCCGCGGCCACCACGCCGCCACCCUGCGCUGGCGGCGGCUCGACUACUACCUCCGCUGCACCGGCUCCGACGGUCUCGUUCGCAGGCGAUAGCGCGUCGGCGGCGGCGGGUGGGCUGCCGUCCCGCAGCCCCGGCCCCUCAACCAGCGGCGCCGCCGCCGCCGCCGCCGCCGCCUCAUACCAGCCGUCGACGGGUUUCUUGUCCCCCGGCGUCAAUCCCCGCUCUCUUCUCUCCACGGACUCAGAGGCCAAGCUGGCUCCUGUCGCCGCCGCGGUGGCAGCUGCCGUCUGCGCGGGCGAGGCCCCAGCCGCCGCCGCCGCCGCCGCCUGCACGCCCAUGGCCGUGUCGCCGCCGGCCCGGGCGUCGAGGCUGUGGCCGCUGCUGGAGAAGAGCGCCUCCGACACCGCCGCCGCAGCCGCAGCCAAGGUGGCUGCGGCCCCCACCACCAUCGGCGCCCUGGCCGACUGCGCCGCCGCGGCCGCCGUGGCCGGCAACAGCAGCUUGUGCACCACGUCGGGGCGGCGACUCGCCGCCGUCCUACAAGACCGGACGGCGACCCCAAGCCGCGUCGGCGCCGGCGCAUCCUCUCCCUCAGCCGCAGGCGCUGCGGAAAGCGGCGGCGCCGCAGGCGCCGCCGCCAGCAGCCACGGCGCAGUCGCCGCAGGCGCUGCUUCUGGCGCCCUGCCGCCGGCUCGCCUGUACAGCCGCACGCUCUCGUCCGACGCGGCCAUUGCGUCCCGCAGCACCAGCGGCGCCUUCGCGUCCACCACCGCCAACGCCACGGUCAACACGGGCACAGGAACCGGCAUAGCACUGGCCCUCGGCCACACGCCCGCUUCUGCUACGGAUGCACAGGCGGUGGGCGUGGCGACCACGGCGGCGGGCCCAACGCGUGGCGACGGCAGCGCCGCCGCCGCCGCCGGGGCGUCCGACACAGGGACUUGGGAACUGACAUCCCGGCCGUCGCCCAACGGUGACAUCACCAGCAGCAGCGGCAUUGGCCUCGGCGGCGCGGCAGCCACCGGGCGCGUGCCCUCUGGUGUGACGCCGCCGUCCGCCUCCUUUGCGGAGGCGCGCGAGGUCACCCUGGGAAUCGACGUGUCGACCGCAGGGACCUCGACAGUGGAGGAACACGUCAUGCGCACGUCCGCCGUCACCAGCGGCGCUGGAGGCGGCGGCGCCGCCGCCGCCGCGGUGGCAUCGGCGGUGUCCGCCCAUUCGGCGCCGGCCGCCGCGGCCAACACCGGCGACGGCUUGAGUCGUGGCGGCGGCAGCAGCCGCGCGUCACAGGUGGCCGCCGCCGCCGCCGCCCUGGGGCUCCCGGCGGUGGCGGCGGCGUUGAAUGGGCCUGCUGCGGCGGCAGCGCCAGCUGGCAACGCGUUCGCGGGUGUGGGCGCCCAGGCUCAGCUUGACGCGUCGGACGGCCCUGACGGCGAGCGGGCAGCUGUCCCCGGAGCGGCUUUGCGUGGGCCCGCGCUGGCGUCAACCGCGGUGCAGUGGCCGCAGGCGCUGUUGAAGCGAACUACCUCGGCGGUGCCGCCUGGGUUCGUGCCUGCACACUUUGCACACGCCGCCUCGCACACGCUGCCGCAAGGCGCCGUUGCCGGCCACGCCGCCGCCGGCUCCUCCGGCACGAUGGGCCGCACACCCGCGGCGCACCCGCUGCUACACGACACCAGCAGCAGCUCGCUCCCCUCCACCGCCACCAUCGCGGCCACGAUUGGCGGCGGCGCCAUUGCCGGCGGCGCAGCCAACAGCGGCGGUGGAACGGGCACUGGAUCCGGAUCCCGGCUGCGCUGCACCCACCUGCAGCUGCUGGCGGGAUCCGCAUCCGCCGGCCCAUUGGAUCUGUCGCCGCACCACUUGAGGCUGCUGCCCGGGGGGGCAAACAGCCAGGUGCUCGCGACGGCCGGCAGCAGCAGCGGCGGCGGCGCGGGCUCCGGCGGCGUCAGUCAUGGAGAAGGUGCGGCUGGCGGCGGUGGCGAAGGCGGCGGCCGGCCGGCGGCGCUGGCCCGCGGCAGCAGCGGCCACCAUGUGGAUAUGGAGCUCAGCAUGCAGGCCUGGCAUAUCAUGUCCACCACCUCGCGUCCGUCGCUGCUCCGAGGCUCUCAGGCGUCGCUGGGGCCGCUGAGCCGUGUCUCCGCGGCCGCCCUGGAGUCCCCGCUGCUGCCCUCCAGCGGCCAGGUCGGACCCGGCAGCGCCGGUGGUGGUGCAGGUGCAGGUGGUGGUGGUGGUGGUGCAGGUGGUGGUGCCGCCACUGCCGCGGCCGUGCGCGGGCCUGCCUCGCGCCACGAGCGGACCGUGUCUUACCCGACCCUCUCCCCCAGGCAGUCUCCCUCCGCGUCGCAAGUGCACCUGCACCUGCAUCGCCAGCAACAGCAACAGCACCACAACCAGCAGAACCAGCAGCUGCCGCCGCUGCCGGCUAUGCUUCAGCUGGGCGCCAACCAGCGCUCCGCCUACCCGUUCGCGCCCUCGCCCCUGGCGGCCCCAGCGGCGACGGUGGCGGCACACCAGCACCAGCACCAGCACGGCUUCCACGGCGCCGCCAGCGCCAACAACUUGGCAGCACUCGCCGGCGGGGGCGGAGGCGGAAAAGCCUCCGCGGCGGCGGCAACUGCGGCUAGCGGCGACAGCGGCGGCGGGCUGGACUUGAUGGCGCACCGCCGCAGCGGCGGCGGCGGCGCGCAGGUGGCAGCGGCGGGCACUGGCUCUGACGCCAGCGGCCUGGUGACAGGGGCACAGGGCGCGGUGUCGCCGCGGCGAGGUGGUGGCGGUGGCGACGGCGGUGCUGCCGGCAGCGGCGUGAACCGCCUCACAACGGCGGGCGGCGGCAGCGGCGGCGCGCCCAUCGGCGGCGUCGCCGCCGCCAUUGCCGCCGCCGCUGGCUUUGUGCCCACGGCCGUGCCUGCCAGCGCCAGCGCCAGCGUCGGCGGCGUGGGCGGCGGCACGAGCUUCGGCCCCGGCGGCAGCGCCAGCUUCUACACGUCCGGAAACACCACAGCCUCCAACCCCAUGCUGGGGCCCGGCGGCGGCGGCGGUGGCGGUGGAACGGUUGGCGGCGGCGGGUGGGGCGGCAGUAGCGCCAACAUCAGCGUUCAUAUUGGCGGGGUGGCGGGCGCCGCGGAGGCGCUGCAGGUCGCCUCCGCGGUCGGGUCGCCGUUCGCGCGGCACGGCGCUACAGCUGCCAGCAUUGGCGGCGGCGCGGGUGGCGGCGGCGGCGGAGGGCUGGCGGGGCCGUCGCCCGGCCUGCCGCCGCCGCUGAUGCGGCGGCUGCGCGGCGGCGUGCGGCGCAACACGUCGUUCAGCAUCACGGCGGACCCGGGCGUGCAGGACUCGGGCAAGGUGGCCCCCCUCAUGGCCAACCUGCAGGACAAGCUGCGCAGCCUGCAGGCGGAGCAGGCCCUGGCGCGUAUGGUUGCGGACAAGGGGCCGGGCGGUGCCGACGAGCUGGAGGGCUUGACCAUACUGGAGGCGCUGGGCAGCGGCGGCUUCGGCACCGUGCACCGCGGCGUGUUCGACGGCAUUGAGGUGGCUGUCAAGGUGCUGGGCGACGGCCCGGGCGGCGGCGGCGGGCGCAGCGAGGCCGCCACCAUGCGCGAGGCGUUUGAGCUGGCGGUGCUAAACGUGGUCAACCACCCGCACAUCGUGCAGGUGCUUGCGGCCUUCACGGACGUGAUCGUGGUCAAGCAGCCCGACCCCGACGACCCGGAUGGGGGGCCGCCGCGCACACGCGUGGUGGCGCGCUCGCCAGAGACUGAGGACUUGGGUGUGGCCACGGUGGUCAUUGCGAUGGAGUUCUGCGAUGCGGGCAGCCUGGCCGACGCCGUGGCGGCGGGCCGCUUCCGGGAGGCAGUGCCGGGAGGAUACGGCGCACAGCAGCCCUGCCUGCCGGCCAUCUACGCGACGCUGCUGGAAGUGGCGCUGGCGCUGAGGCACCUGCACGCCAUGCUGCUGGUGCACUGCGACGUCAAGCCCGCCAACAUCCUCCUCAAGUCGAACAUGAGGGACCCGCGCGGAUUCAGUGCCAAGUUGUCGGACUUUGGCCUGGUCAAGAUGGUGGUCGAGGACGGCGGCGGCGGCGGCGGCGGGGGCGGUGUGGUGGGCCGCGACGCGCGCACCGGCACUGUCACCCACAUGGCGCCCGAGCUCAUCGGCGCCACAGAGGCCACCAAGAUGGACGCGUCGGUCGUGUACGCCUUCGGUGUCCUCAUGUGGGAGCUGCUGUCUCCUGCGCCCGUGUACCUGGGCAUGCGCAGUGAGGACAUCCGCCGCGGUGUGGCCCGGGGCAGCCUGCGGCCAGAGUUCCCGCCCUGGGCCGACACCAAGUACAGGGAGCUGGCGGAGGCGUGCCUGCACAGCGACCCGCGCGCCCGCCCCACCUCGGCCGAGCUGGUGGCGCGCCUGCGUGCGCUGCUGGCGGAGAGCGGCGCACUGCAGCACACCAUCAACCGCCGACCCGCGCCGCACGCCGCCGCCGCCGCCGCCGCCGGCUUGGGCGGCGGCUUGGGCGGCGGCGGCGGCUUCCCCGGCGCGGCCACGGCCGCUGCCGCGGGCGCGAUGCUGGGCAUUGACGCCGCCAAGUUCGCGCGGCCCGAUGCCUGGAUGGCCAUGGGUGCUGGCGGCGGCGGUGGCGCGGCCGCGCAGCCGCCGGCGGGCUACCCGUCGGCGUUUGGCGGCGCGCACCGGCGGCGCAGCGGCUCCGCCGACGGCAUGAUGUCGGUGGCUGGCGGCGCGGGCGCGUGGGGUGCACCGGCGGUGGUGAUGGAGGAGGGUACGAGUGAGGAGGGCUCGCCGCAGGAGCAAGGCCAGGGCCAGGCCCACCACAGCGGGCGGCGCGGCAAGUCGCGGUCGUAUGCGGGCGGCAGCGGCAGCUCCUUCCCGCUGCACAUCCUGUGAGCGACGGUGUCAAGACAUCGGCCGCGGCCGCGCCCUGCCCUGUCAGAGCUUCCAUAUCCACGCGUGUGUUAGCUGUGACGCGGGCCCAUGCCUUCACGAAGACGAUAACGGCGUGACGGAGGGCUUGAGAGGCCGGCGUUGGGGCCGGCGAGGAUGGCAUCAAGUGCGCGUCCCGUGAGAGGCGGCGCCGCGUUGCCCGGGCGCUGUGAAGCAUACAGACUAGCGCUCUCAGGUUCGGAAAUUUGGGUACAACAGCCAACAGUUGGCGAGCUCCUGCGUGCUCCGGCAGGACUAGCAGCAGCACAUUGUUUGGUGGCAGUGUGCUGCACUUCCUAGUGAGCAAAACAUUGUGGCACACAAUGGGCUUUGCGCGUACGGAAAAUAGGGGCUGCACAGGUUGUUGUAUGAAGAGUACCGAUCACAUGUUGCUCGUGCAUGUUGCUGGAUGCGCUCUUUUUCAUCCAAUAAGUAUCAGCACCAGAGACUGUGGGCAUUGCAGGCGUUAUGAUGUUUGCUUAAAUGGGUGAUUCUAGCGACCAGGAACGUACGUCUUCGUAGAUGUGGGGGCGUAAGAAAAGCUGGAAAGGACUGCGAAGUGUGGGUGCACCGUAAUGGCGAGGCAUGAUUGACAGGAUGGAUAUGCUUGAAUACCGCGGCGUCUUUGGUUGUGUGUGUUACCGACCGCCAGGGCGCACGGGGGAGGUUGGGUGCGUUUGUCUGUGAUACUGUGACGUAUGAGAAGUUUGGGGAUGACUGCGAGUGGCUGGGCAAGGUGGCAAGGUGAGCACAUAAGGGAUGGAAGGGUGGUGGACACAUGUCUGAUGUCUUUGAAGAUAUUUUUGGCGCGGAACACAAGCAAGGAAGGGCGGGCCCCAGAGGAAGAGCAUUAGGUGAUACAUGACUGUUUUAUGUUUACUGCGUGGUCUAAUACCCUUUUAGAUCCUGCCACGUGGUAUGCGUCCAUUCAUCCCAAGCCUGGGUGAGCAAACGCGAGGAUGCGCAUACCGGCAAACCUGUCGUGGCAAUGGCACACAUGCAUUCACUCAUGCGCAUGCGCAUGCGCAUGUGGGCAAGUCAGUGCCUGGGCGGCUGCAUGCACUGCGGUACACAUCCAUUGGUUGCCCUCAAGUGCCGGAGGACAGAGGCGUUGUGGUGCGCGCGGUGAGCUGAGCCGACGCCAGCAAGGUGCUUGAGGGCCAUGCGAGCAAUGAUGCGAAAAUGUUUGCGUUACAUGGACACACCGGUGUUCCUGAUGACGUCUUUCCCAACACAUGCACGCGCUGCGAGGGCGGACUGCAUUUUGAAUGAUCAUAUGUGCGGAUGCGAUGAUAGCUGCGCUUAAGGGCGGAGGACAGUGACAGGCUUGGCGUGCGUGGGCUGUAUUAGUUUUGAAUGUGUGCUUCAGUGCACAUGCCGAUGCGUCCUGCAUCGCGCCAGCAUGUAGCAACGGAGGUGCUACCGUGUCCGCAGUGCUGACGCAAUACUCCAUGAGGCGGCUGAGUGAGACUACUGGGGGCUGUUGCGGCGGCACGGCAACGGCGGGCGUCAGGCUGCACGGUCGUGUGGUCGUGCGGGCCGGUGGACGUGCGAGGUCGUGACACUGCUGCGGAUGUUGCAUAGGGUGCGGAUUUCAUCCUUGUAGCCCAGACACGUGCGGCGCGACUGUGUGUGUGUGUGUGUGUGUGUGUGUGUGUGUGUGUGUGUGUGUGUGUGUGUGUGUGUGUGUGUGUGUCUCUGUGUGUAUGUGCGAUUUAUUCAGGGUCAAAGAGGUGUGGAGGGCGGCUUGCGGCUAGUGGCGCGAGUGCGCAACCUGUCCAGGUGUCCAGGGCUCUAGGCGACACGGCCACGAUGCACAGGGCACUGCAAUGCCGUCUUGUCUGUGUGCGUCUGUCAGGAGGCCACGUCACCAGCACAGGGCGGGGUGCACAGCAAGGCGAUGGGCCCGCACCUAUGGCUGCCAUGCCGACGAGGUACCGGCCGUGGUGUUCCGUGGUAGACAUGAGUGGUGGGGCCUGGGCUCGGGUAGCCAUCGCCAGACGG